AUGCGUCGCAACAUGAUGCGCAACGGCAGCCUCAUCGCCCUCAAAUUCCCCACAGACAGGACACCACCGGCAGCAACACCCUUCCCGCCUUUUCCCUUCUUCUUCCCUCCCCGCACCUUGGCCGGCUUGAUGACAAACGCAUCGAGCCCCCUCUCGGGCGGCGGCGGCGCGCCGUACUCGUGCUCGUCCAGCCGCACGUCCCUCGCCAUGCCCUGGUGCCGCGGCGGGCCCCCCGUGACUAGGGACAUGUCUGCCGCGGACGAGGACGAGGACGACGACGACGUCGCGGCCGAGGCGGAGGCGAGGCUCUGCACGCGCCCGACGCGCCCGUCCGACAGACGCACCUUGAUGCCGCGCGGGUGGUUGCCCUUGGUCAGCACGUCGCGCACGGCGCCCGAGACGGUGCGGCCCGUCGGCUGGUCCUCCUUGAGGACGAUGUUGACCGCCGCGCCGGGCACGACCUGGGUUAUGUUGGGGACGCGGGAUGCGCCGCGCUGCGCCAUGAUUCUGUGGGAACCACUUAAAACCGUAGGGCUGGGCUACAGCAAUCAUGUCAAACGGCUCCGGCUUGCACCUGUACUGCUCCAACGGCCGCGGGCCGACCGUCGCCGACCCCAAGCCGUUGCCACGGUAGUCGAGGUUCAGCACCGUCACGUCCAGCUUGUUGAGCUCGUGCGGGUGUUUGGCGCGGUUCAGGUCCUCGGGCAUGUACCUCCCCGCGUGAAAGGCAAACGUCUGAUCGCCCUGCGCGUCGUUGCGGCUGUUUCCGUUGCCGUCGCUGCCCGUCAUGGUGGCCCGCAGCACCAGGCCGUCGCCCCUGCUGCCCACCGACAGCCACCGCGUGUCCUCGUGGUUGCCGUUCUCCUGCGGGUAGUCGUAGGCCGUGUACAGCGCGUCCACGGUCGCGUUCCAGUUCCCGAACCGCCCCGCCUGCUUGCUGUCGCGGUACGUCUCGUGCGGCCCGCGCCCGAACCAGGCCACGUCGUCAAAGGCCCGGGGCAGCCACGCGAGCAGCCCGAUGCGCGGGAUCGUGUCCAUCUCCACGGCCGUGUCGUUGCGGAACGCACCGCUGGCCCGCACCGUCAGCGCCGGCGACGCCUCUCGCGCGUCGACCGUGUAGACGACGUCGGCGUCGAUGCCCCACACAAACACCUUGGGCGCCACGCGGAUGCGGUAGUGCACCGUCGUGACGCCGUCGUCGCCCCGCCGCCAGCGCACGUCGCGCACCUGGGGGUGCAGCUCGUACACGCGCGCCGGGUCCCAGGAUACGCGCGCGUCGCCCCCGCCGGCCUCGUCGUUUUGCGUCGACCCGCGCAUGAAGUAGAGCUCCGGCCCGCGCUGCAGGACCGACGGGCUGUCGUCCACCGUCCAUGUGACGUUGCCGCGCAGCAGGUCGAAGCCAAAGGUCGACGAACCCGCAACUACUUGCAGGUGCGUGCCGUUGCAUGUCGGUUCGGCUUGGCUGAGGCUCAUGAUGUCCUGCGCCCUGGGCUUGUAGGCGCUGUGGCUGCUGCUGCUGCUGCUGCUACUGCUGCUGCUGCUACGGCGUUUGCGGAACUCGAGCGUGAGGAAGGCUUCCCCGGCUUCCAGCUGGUUGUCGUCAAGCGGCGUGCUAAUUGUUACGCUGUCCCCCGCUGCCACGGCGGGUAUUUCAAAGACCACAGGCUCCGUCUUUUUGCCGUCUUGAACUGCGUGCCAGCUGGCCUCAAGAUGGCCGAGGUCGACGAACCCAUAGUGGUUGGUUAUGACGAUCUGGCCCGAGGCGAAGCCAUCGCCGGCCCAAGCCGCAAUCACUGGUUGGAUCACCUUUUUGUACUCAAAGAUGGACGGCAUGGGCGAGUGGUCCGACAACAUCAGUCCAUCCAUGAUAAAGUCUGCGUCGUUGGGGAAGUCGCCAAAGUCUCCGCCGAGCCCAUGGUUGGACCACUCCCAGAUCAGGCCGCCCUGGGCGCGGAUGUUGGAUCUGAAGGCGGCAAUGUAGUCGACCAGAGAGCCGGGGCCGUUGCCCAUUGCGCUAGGGGGAGCGACGACUGCCAGGACGCCCUCGUAGUCCUGCUCGUAGUGAAUGAGCCGCGUCGGGUCGGUCGCCCUGAUCCACUCUGCCAUGGCGAACAUGUUUUGGCCCAUGAAGCACUCGUUGCCCAGGCUCCAGAAGAUGAUGGACACGUGGUUCCUCAGUCGCCGCACCAGCUGCUCGGCGCGGUUCACGUACGCGUCUCGCCACUCGGGGUUGUCGGUGGUGUACGACUCGGCCGGCACGUUGCUGCCCUUGUCGCCGAAGCCGUGGCACUCGAGGUCCGCCUCGGCAAUGACGUAAAACCCCAGCUCGUCGGCCAGGUCGAAAAAGUCCGGGUGCGGAGGCUGGUGCGACGUCCGGAUCGUGUUGAUGUUGUGCCGCUUCAUGACGAGCAGGUCGUGGCGCAGCGCCGCGUACGGCACCGUCCGGCCGUACAGGUGGUGGUGCUCGUGCCGGUUCACGCCGUAGAUCUUGAUCGCUCUGCCGUUGACCAAAAAGGUCGACCCGUCGGCGCUGCGCUCCAUGCGCCGGAACCCGAGGCGCUGGCUGAUGGUGCGCCCGUUGAAGGUUAUCAGGGCCGUGUACAGGCUGGGCGUCUCGGCCGACCAGACGUGCAGGUCGUCACCCGUCACGGUGAAGACGGCACUGCUGACCUGCGACGAGGAACCGUUCCAUUCUCCGACUUUAGAGCUGCCGUCUGGGCCCAGAAGCUUGAUGUUGAGAGGCCCGUCGUCGCCCUGUAUCUCGACCGCGGUGCGGAGAGUGCCGGUGGUGAGGGCCGCGUCGAGCUCUGGAUGCACCUGAAAAUCCACAAUGGACGACGACGCGGCAAACGGCAUCAGAUACACGUCCCGGAAGAUGCCAGACAGCCACCACUGGUCCUGAUCCUCAAUGUACGUGCCGUGCGACCACUGGUAGACCCUGGCCGACACGUUGUUGGUCUCCCCGCCGCCGUUGAGGUAGGGCGUGACGUCGAACUCGCUCGGGUUGCGGCUGCCCAGGCUGCUGUAGCCGACCGGUCGGCCGUUGACCUGUACGUGGAACGCGCUGUCGACGCCCUCGAAGCGCAGCCGGAUCUGCUGGCCGUCCCACCCGUCCGGCACCUCAAACUCGCGAAAGUAGGAGCCCGUCGGGUUGAUGUACGAGACGUUGGGCGGCGUGACGGGGAACGGGAACUUGAUGUUGGUGUAGUGCGGAUGGCCGUAGCCCUGGAGUUGCCACAUGCCCGGCACCUCGAUGUCGGCCCAUGA